AUGACAAAAACAAUAUGUUUAUUGAUGGUAACAUUGUGUAUGAUAUUGCUAUCUUAUCGCACUGAAUCCCAAUAUAUUUCACAUCGAGGAAAUUACAUCGAUUAUAAUAGAGGUGAUUUGUACAUGCGGAAUUUUGGCGUAGUCAAUCCAUUCUCCGAUUCGGACAGCAGAAGGAUACAAUUUGAUAGCUCUCGUGAGUUGCCCAAACGAUAUUUUGAUGCACUGGCCGGUCAAUCAUUGGGUAAACGAUCAACUACGAUACUGUAG